CGUGCGCCAGGUCAUCGAGCGCUCCAAGCUCAACUUCGACGCCUAUCCCAACGACCACGGCAUCUCAAUUGUUGCCAACGCCUGGAAGCUACUCAUGGCUGAGGGCGCCGACGAGGACAGGCUGCACGGCGCCCUGCUCAACCAGCUGUGGGACCUCACGCCCAACAACGAGCUCAUCGGCGCCGAGAGCUUCGACACGCGCCCGAUCUUUGGCGCUCCGUCGAUCUUUGCGCGCCGCUCGCUCAUCCAGGCCGAGCUCUAUCGCCUCGCGACUAGCCCCGAGCGUGCCGGCGCCGUCCCUCGCAUCAUCGACGGUCUCACGAUCACCGCGAUUGACGCCGAGGCGGGCCGCGUUACCUGCUCAGACGGCCAAGUCUUCUGUGGCGACCUCGUUGUCGGCGCCGAUGGCAUCCGCUCGGUCGCUCGUCGCGCUGUGACGUCGAGCCCCGACGACAGCAUUGGCGGCAUCAGCAACACGGGCCUGGUCGGCUACAUGAGCAUUGUGCCGGCCGUAUAUUUCGCCGAGACGCCUGAGCUGGCAUUCAUGACGACUCCCGGCCAGCAGGGCAUUGCACAGUGGAGCGACAAUGCCUCGAACGUCCACCGCGUUCUGGCGUAUCCCUGCAGUGCAGAGCACUUUGAAGUGUUCGGCUUCGCCCGCGAGGGCGCCUGGACGGAUGCGCUGGACGCAAACCGCUCGUCGAUCCUGCACGACAUCCCGGCCGCUGCGGUGCAGCAAGACUUUGCAUCGUUUGCGCCGUGCAUUCGCAACAUGCUCACGGUAGCCGGUCAGUCGGCGAGCUCGCGCUCUCGUGCCUGUAUCGCUCACACGUUCGCCUCAACAGAGAUCAGCCUUUGGCGCAUCCGCGACACGAAGCCCCUGCCCGCUUCGGCGUGGACGAAGGGUCGCAUCUGUCUGACCGGAGACGCCGCGCAUGCGGUCACGCCUCGUGAGUGACCUCGAGCGCUGCCUGCACAGUGGACUGACGAGGACCACGCUCGUCAGACGUCGGCCAGGGCGUCAA